CGGGCCGUCAGAAUCAAGGCGAAUCUCUAUGGGAGUCUCGACGCUAUAUAGGAGCUGGAGAUGACGUUUAGGCGCCCUGCAGAGAGUUUUUCUUGCAUUGCGGACAUUAUCGAUUCCAUAGAUUCGCCUUCGUGUUAAGCAUCGAUCUCCAUCCGAUCCACAAUGUCAAAACCACAGCAGAUAUUUUUGAUCGCUCUUAUCCUCUUCUCUCUAUCAACAUCUGCCUCUGCUGAACUGCAGCGUUUCAGCUCCUGGUAUCCGAGGUAUCAGACCGCAUUCCACACCAUCGAGCACACCAAUUGCUCCGCACAAUAUAACGCGUACCUGAGCAGAAAGACGGACAACCUGACCCAAAAUGACCCACAACUUGCAGUAUGGGAUGUCGACAGUACAGUCACACCAUUGAUCAACUGCCUGCUGGCAUCGACUCCCGAACUCUACAAGUCCAUGAUGUCCAGCGCGCAGGUAGUGUUGGGUCUAAUGCCCACGCUCCUCCUCAGCAUCAGCCCGAGCGCCCACGAGACCGCCAUGCUCUUUGUCUUCGGCGACCGGCAGUUUCUAUCGUUCCUCCUGACGAUCGCAUCCCCCGCAAGCCCGGUCGACCCGUCAGGGAACUUCUACCAGCACGUCCAAGACCUAAAGACAUCCUACGAGUGGCUUUCGGCAGACUUUCUGCUACACCACAACUUCGCCAUCGUCCUCCUCGAAAUCGCCCUCGCAGCAGCCGCAGCAGCCAACGUGCUGGUCUUGAGCUACGAGAUCGGCAUGCGCGCGGUCUUCUCCUUCGCGCAGAGCGUGCAGUACCUCCCGGGCCUCUGGGUCGCGCUGGGCGUCACCACCCAUCUGCUGAUGACCAUCGUCCUUCGUACGCGUGUGCACAUUUCGGACCCCCAUGCGGACCGAUUCGGUUUCGGCACCGUUCUGAGCUGGAUCAAGGCCCAGUUCACGGCCUCGGACAGGAGCAAAUCGAUCGACAUUCAGCUUCGCGAACGCACGGUCGCGAAUGUGCUGAUCUCCUGGUUCACCAGCAUGCUCGCGGCAGCGAAUACGCUGUUCGGGAUCCUCCUGUUCUCGAGUCUGCUGUUUAUCUCCGUGGCCGAUGCGCUGUUUAUCGUCGUGCGCUACGUGGCCUCGGCGGUUGUGUGUCGGAUCCUGGUCAAGUAUGAGCUGUGGCUCGUUCGUGAACAGGUGAAGCUUAAUGCUUUGAUGGGAUAGAGGUUUGGCAGUUGCAUUUUGUAUAAUUCCCAUAUGUUUGAUUUGAUUUGUUGCU